CUCUCUAAACAGGGAAACAGAGUAACGCUUACAGUAUUUUCUAAUUUGCCGACAGAGACGAACGGAAAACGUCGCAUUACGCCCGUUUUCGCAGUUCGAACCCCAUAUAGAACAGUCAUGUCGAACAAACAACUUGUUUAUGAAGGAUUUACACUGCCAAGAUUGAAAGUCAAGGAAAUUCUUGCGAGUAAUGCGAGAGAAGAUAUUGAACUCAAAAAUCUACAUAAAAAGCUAGACAAAGAGAAGGACGAAGUCGAGACUGACUUUUCCAAGACUCGCUCGCAGCUUCUUUCUCGGGCAAUGGAUCAUCAUAUGACACUGGAAAUUCAACCAUCUGAAUUGGAAAACAGUGCCGACAAUGGCUGGGAAACGACUUCGUUUUCUACCCUCAAUGAUUCUUCCAGCUCGCAAGAUGCAUUCGAGGUAAACUGUUACAGCCAUCCUUCUGAUUAUCAUUCGAACCCUAAGCAGACUUGGGCAGAGAAAAUCACACAUUUUGAACCAUCUUUGACUGCAAAGAACGAGCUUGUUACCUCUAAGUCGCAAACAAAGCAUAAGAUUAGCUUGGGUGGUAGAGCUAAUCCCCACGUGAAAAACUGGAACACCGCAAGGAGCGAACGUUUCGAACAAUCAUUGGUCGCUAAUCAGGCAGAUGCAUUAGAAACACAAACCAAGCGCAAGACAAGUGGGGCAGGGAAAAUUCAGCUUAACACGGAAAAGUGUAGCGGGUUUAACUUAACUGACUCCAAACAAUGUGUCGUUACGAAAACUAGCCAGCUAGAUGGAGCGAAGUUCAAACACAACGACAAGAUAAGCCGUACAAGGAGAGGUCAUGUUUAUACUGAAAACUGGGACACAGGCCUGAAUCAGCUGAGGAAGUCUGUCUCAGAAGAAAGUGUUUGCUCAGAGCCAAGAGCAAGUCCGCCACUGGAUGUUUCACAUUCCAGAGAACGAAGGCACACAGUUGCUGGGAGAUCUAAUAGUGUCUCCAAUAAGAGCUCUGUGUUCACGAAAGAGACUUUGCAGAAACAACGCUUGUCGACUCCCAAACAUGUGGUCACAAGACGCCAUACUGUCUGUUGUAGGCCAAAAAGAUAUGGUCUUAGUUCUUCUGUUAAGGAGAAUACCUCGCAACAGAAACCUUUGGCGGAUCUGCUCCCUCCAAUAAAAUUGCCCCCUGUUUAUCUCCAAGAGAAAAAGGACAAAAAUCAAGGCAAGAAAACAAACAAUAACGUCGUAAACACAAGUGAGAAACUUGGUGGUAGAUCAUAUGAUGAUACUAUUCGGGAUCUUAAACAUUGCCGUUAUUUGCGAAUAAAAACAAGUGACGACGACGAAUAUGCCAGUUGGUAA